AAGGCGACUAGUAGCCGGUGGUGCAGGUUUCUCCCAGAGUGUGUGCUGGGGUACCUGGUCGUCAUGGAGGCGGUCUUGACCGAAGAGCUUGAUGAGGAAGAGCAGCUGGUGAGAAGGCAUCGCAAAGAGAAGAAGGAGUUGCAGGCCAAAAUUCAGGGUAUGAAGAAUGCUGUUCCCAAGAAUGACAAGAAAAGGAGGAAGCAACUCACUGAAGAUGUGGCUAAGUUGGAAAAAGAAAUGGAACAGAAGCAUAGAGAAGAACUGGAGCAAUUGAAGCUGACUAUUAAGGAGAAUAAGAUAGAUUCUGUUGCUGUUAACAUUUCAAACUUGGUACUUGAGAAUCAGCCACCUCGGAUAUCUAAAGCACAAAAGAGACGGGUGCCUGGAUAGAAGGAGCUCUCUGUGUUGUCCUUGGUCCCUGCUCUGCUCUUACCAGCUGUGUGGCCUUUGGAAAUCUUUCUUCGUGCUGUUUCCUCAGAAGAGGAAAAUGAGGGGUUUUGGAUUAGAUGAUAUCUAAGGAAAAGAAAGCUGCAUUGGAAAAGGAGCGAGAAGAACGGAUAGCUGAAGCUGAAAUUGAAAACUUAACAGGAGCCAGACACAUGGAAAGUGAAAAACUUGCUCAGAUAUUGGCAGCUAGACAGUUAGAAAUUAAACAGAUUCCAUCGGAUGGCCACUGUAUGUAUAGAGCCAUUGAAGAUCAACUGAAGGAAAAGGAUUGUGCUCUGACUGUGAUUGCCUUAAGAAGUCAGACCGCUGAGUAUAUGCAAAGCCAUGUGGAUGACUUUCUGCCAUUUUUAACAAACCCUAAUACAGGAGAUAUGUAUACUCCAGAAGAGUUUCAGAAGUACUGUGAUGAUAUUGUAAACACAGCCGCAUGGGGAGGUCAGCUUGAGCUAAGAGCUCUGUCUCACAUUUUACAAACACCAAUAGAGAUAAUACAGGCAGAUUCUCCUCCCAUUAUAGUUGGUGAAGAAUAUUCACAAAAACCACUAAUACUUGUAUAUAUGAGACAUGCAUAUGGCUUAGGAGAACAUUAUAAUUCUGUUACACGGUUGGUAAACAUAGCUACUGAAAAUUGCAGCUAAUUUAUCCAAUGUUGUACAAUUAUGUUUUAAUACAGUGUGCUGAGCUGAGUAUUUCUACCAAGUGUUGGGUUAUUCUAAAUGCUACUGAAAAACACAACUACCUUAAAUCAGUUUUAUGGCAAACUACUAACAGAUGUUUUUAGAAAUAUGUCAGAUAUAAACUUUAACCAGUGUCUUCUUAGUGGAAUUUUUAAAACUUGUAAGUCCAUUGUGGAGAACAUCAUUCAUAGACAAAGAUGGUACCCUAUUUGCUGAUACUUUCAUUUAUAUAGGAUCCUGGACAUUCUGUUUUGUGUUGGAACAAAUUUUCAAUGUUUGUAAUUCUCCCCUUUCUCCCUGUUACUAAAAACUUUCAAAAUAAUCAUUUCAAUGUAAUUUGUCUUGAAAAAGUUUACCCAAUAUCUUUGUCAUUGCAAUAAUGUAGUAUGGUGAUGGCCAAUUUAAUUAAUGCCUAUAAAAUGAACUUGAUUGUUGUAACCAUGGUAUUGAUGAGAUUAAUGCAGUGAAGCUUUAUUAUUAAUAUAUAUAGCAUUAUCAAAGCAUAGCUAAGAAGCUGCCUUUGAUAAUUAAGAAUUUUGAAAUAUUUAUUUAGAUGGGAUUCAGUUUUCUAAAGAAGUGAGACAAAUUUAAAGGUAAAUAGGUAUUCUCUCUCAAAUUUAAACCUCUAAAGAAUUAGAGAUUAGUUUUUAUUUGUGUAUAACUUAAAAAAGACCUAAUAGAUUACUAUCUUUUUAAUACAUUUAUUAUUCAUUGGUGUUUUUUUAAGCACCGGACUGGAGAUAGUACCAUCAUCUCUUGAUUUCUUUCACAACUACACAUUUUUAUAUUUCCUUUUGUGUUUUCUACUUUGCUUUCCUUGAAGGAACAAGUAUUUUAUGGCCUUUACCUUGUACAAUUUUAGGGAGUAGCGGUGUAAAAGGUCUAAGGCCACAUUUACUUGAAAUUCUUCCUCUUUUCUAAUUUGUCUUACAAGAUAUCUCCCUUUUUGCUUCAUUCUCUAGGAUUUGAAGAUAACCUUUGACACUUAUUUUUAUUUGCCUUAUUAAUGUCACCUUUCUUUCAACUCAAAUAUUUGAGAAUUUUUAUGUCAUAUACACAAAGUUGAAAGCCACUGUUUGGGAGCCAAGACUUAUAUACAGUUGUGUUCCAUGUGAAUGGUUUAUCUAGCCCAGAUUUCAGGUUACUUAUAACAGUAUUCUUUCUAAGAGCAUAUAUAUAUAUAUAUAUAUAUAUACAAAUGUCUGUCAUAAUUUAUGUAAGGAAGUAUUAUGAAAAUGAGACCUUUUUGGUUUGAUAUAUUUUUUCCAAAUUAGAGAUAUAACUAGUAAGAUUUAGCAUUGUUUACAGCAUUUGAAUUUUUGCUCUGUGACUACAACUAAUUUUUAUAAGUAAAUACUGGGUUUAUAAUAUGGAAAAUAGGGUGUCAGUCUUUUCACAUGCCCAUCAGGUAACAAUGUGGGAAGCUGGCAGGGUCCUUGAUAGCAAGUAAGUACUUCCUGAAGGCUUUCCAGUUCAAAAGAUUACAAGCCAUUCUGCCUACUAAACAAAAUAUAUUCUGAAGGAUGCCUGUUUUGUAACCCUUGAUCUACAUUUUUUGGCGUCUGAAAUUUAAUUAUAAAACACUAAAUGGUUUGGGUUUAUUUUGAAGUAAUCUGUUACUUUAAAAUUAGGAAGUAAUAAAA